CUCGAAGGACCGUCUAUAAACUCCUGUUGAUUUCCGGCUGGAAGGCGAAAGAUAUCGCGGACAGUCGAAGUUUGUUUGUUUGUUUCUUUUUUUCCGCCUCCGGAGCUUGGAUUCGGUGGAUCAAUCGGUCGGGACCGCGUGUGGUUCCGGGGUGAGGUGGAGGGUGGUGAAGACACCUGAGCAACAGGUGCCAGAAACACUCACUCACUCGGGAUGAGUGUGAAAAUUGGGCCCCAAGGAAUCCAUGUUGAUCAGUCUGAGCUGCUGUGUAAAGAUGGCUGUGGUUACUAUGGCAACCCGGCCUGGCACGGAUACUGCUCGAAAUGCUGGAGGGAAUGGAAUCGGAGGCAGCAGCAACAGGAUGAACAUCUGAAUAAAGAGAUGAACCAUGAAGGGCCCACAAAUUCACUGGUUGCAGGGGCCACCAGCCUACUGUUCAACUUUUCAAAGUUUGAGAAGAAGAGGAGUAGUGAGAAGGGGCGUCGAGUGAGCACCGUGAAGAAAUUAUUUGGCUCCAAAGCCACCCCCAGACAAGAGAUCCAGCAUUUCCCCACAGUCAGCUCGCCAACAUCCACACCGGUACAUUCUGGGGAUUUCACAGAUUUCCUAAAGUCGUUUUGGAAACCGUCCAUUCAGGUCAUCCAGAAACGCUGUGUCCAAUUUAUUGAGCAUCUUCAGGCAAGGCAGGAUUUGACUAUAGAGGCACAAUCUGAACUAGCACAAGACUUUUACCAGAAUAUUGCAAUAUGCUUUAAUGGUUUCUCCUCUGAGCAAAAGGACAGGAUGAUGGACAAUAUUGAAAAAUUCAUCAUGACCCAGCUGUAUAAGACUGUGUUCUGUCCUGAUAUCUCAGAGGAUGAACACAAGGAUUUGGCAAUACAACAGCGUAUACGGGCUCUUCACUGGGUGACCCCUGAAAUGCUCAGAGUUCCCCUUGAUGAGGACAAGCCAGAGGUCACCGAACAUCUUGUGUCUUCUAUCACAGCAAUCGUGAAGAUGGAUUCCAAGCGAGCUCCACAGGAUAAACUGGCCUGUAUCUCAAAAUGCAGCAGACAUAUUUUCUCUGCAAUCCAAAUCUCCAAUGAAAAACCAGCAGCUGCAGAUGACUUUCUCUCCAGUUUGAUUCAUGUGGUGCUGAAGGUGAACCCUCCCCGGCUGCAUUCGAACAUCCAGUACAUUAUCCGCUUUUGCCACCCGAAACGACUGAUGACUGGUGAGGCAGGUUACUAUUUUACCAAUCUGUGCUGUGCUGUCACCUUUGUUGAGAAGUUGAAUGGCCCCUCUCUCAAUCUCUCUCAUGAGGAAUUUGAACAAUAUAUGCAAGGUCACAAACUGUCUGCCAAAAAGACUCCGAGCUCCCCCCUCCUUCACAGUGCAGACCCUGGCAUUCAGAAGAUGCACAAGAAUCUGCAGCUGCUCCUCUCUCAAGUGUGGGAGAGACAGGACCGUAUUAUUAAAGAGGUGAAGAAACUGGAGCAGGAGGUUCUCGAAUGGAAACGAUCCGUUAAGGAGGAGGUCGAGGAAACCAUUGAAAAAUUUCCACUCUGUAACACUUUGAAUCCAGAAUGAGGUAUUUUGGAAAUCGGGUCUGUGUAACUGUGACUUCCACUAUUUGUAGAGAAUCAAAUUUUGCACAAUAAUUAGAUUGCACAAAUGAAGUAGGUUUUUAUAAAACUUGAAUGCACAAUAAAACAAGCAAAAUGUUUCAUUACGUCUAACUUCCCAUUCAAUAGUUUGGCAUCAGGAAUUUAAAUUUGUGUUACCUUAAUCUUAUGGCCAUUCUUCAGUAAUAACAAGAGACACAAGGAAAAUUGGCACCCCAGAAAGUUCUACUAGAUUCCUAUUGUGAUUAUGACAUUGUAGUGCAUUCUGGUCUGUUUGUUGUGUCGCAGAAAUAUGAUCCACAGAGCACAGUAAUAAAGAGCGAAGACCUUUCAGGGAUGGAGGGGGAGGAGAGAGCAUUUUAUAUGACAUUGUCAGAGUGAGAAGGAAACUGAAUGAAAAUAUUUUUUGUCCUGAUCAGGAAUGUGACUUCAUUCUGCCUUAAGUAACCCCAUCACUAGAGGCCACAUCAGUUCUUUCAAAUACAGAUUUGAACUGAGUCCUGGACAGCUAUGUGAAGGUUUAUAAUUUGUGAUGGAAAUAGUAGUAGAUCGUUCGGUUAUUCAGUGAGAUCAUGCCUGAUCUUUUACCUCUAUAUCCCUCCUCCUCCACUAACUCCAUAUCCCUUAUGUAAAAAUCUAUCCAUCUUGAAUAUAAUAAUAAAUUUUAUUUAUGGGCGCCUUCCAAGAGUCUCAAGGACACCUUACAAAAAUUUAGCAGGUAGAGGAAAAACAUGUAAGGGGAAUGAAAUAAAUAGAGACAUGACUCGUACACAAAGUAAAGACAGAAUUCAAUUCAAAACACAGUAUGAGGCAAUUAAUGCACAGAUGAAAAGGGAGGGGGACGCGGGGCUAAGGAUAGGCAGAGGUGAAGAGAUGGGUCUUUAGGCGGGACUGGAAGAUGGUGAGGGACACGGAAUUGCGGAUCAAUUGGGGGAGUUCCACAGCCUGGGAGCUGCCCUGGAGAAGGCUCUGUCCCCA